AUGUUUUCUAAUACAUAUUUAAAGAAAAAAUUUGAAACCAUUUCCAAGUCAACAAUCCGAUGGAUUUACAACAAGGAAAUCAUCAAUACACAAUUUAUACCAAUAGAAUUUUCCAAUGAUUAUGAUUAUGUUAAAAAAUCAGUUUCCAAAAAAGGAGAAUUACUGAGAUUUGCUUCUCUAGAAUUGAGAAAUAACAGGGAAAUUGUAACCAUUGCAGUCCUUGAUUCGCCAUGGAUAAUGCAUCGUAUUUCAUCUGAUUUGAAAGAAGAUCAGGAAUUCAUCUUGGAAUUAAUUAGCAAAACGCCUGAUGGAAAGGGAUUUGAAUUUGCUUCUUUAGAUUUGAAAAUGAAUGCUGAAUUUGUGUUGAAAUGUUUAAAGGUGAAUGGUUAUGUUAUCAAGUUGACUCCACCAAGAGUCAGAACAAGGGAAUUGUUACUGAAAGCUGUUGAUCAAGGAGGAAACCAUGUCGAAUAUGUCAUUGGAUUUGCAAUGGGUUAUGUUCCUGAAUUAGGAAGUGAUCGAGAUUUUGUUUUGAAAUCAAUUGGAAGAUGUGGCUCCCUAUUGGAACAUGUUUGUGAGGAGUUUCGAAAUGAUAAGGAGAUUGUCUAUAGAGCUACUCUAAAUGAUGAAAGAGCUUUCUUGUUUGCAUCAGAUGAGCUCAAGAAGGAUCGAGAAUUUGUAUUGAAAUGUGUCAAGAAUCAAGGAAAUAUUCUCAGCUAUGCUGACAACGACAUUACAAGUGAUUGGAAUUUUAUUUUUGAAUGUAUCAAACAAAAUGGACAAGCUCUAGAAGGUACUCCAUUAUCCUAUCGUUUUGAUGAACAUUUGAAAUUGCAAGCACUCUCCUUACACGGCUUCCUUUCACAAACAGACUACUCAGCCAAUUACAGAGAUUUGAGAAUUGAGUAUGAAUAUCCAGAAUUACUUGAGCUCGAUUCAUUCAAAUCUGUUGCACAGAAUUCUGCAAGCAAAUAA